AUGCGUGGUGCGGGAUCGCGCGAAGAGAGGCACACCUCUGCUGCCGGUGGUCAGCUCAACGCAAAGCAGCUCAACAGCCACAUCUCAAAUGCUGGCAGCACUGACGCACUGCUCACGCUCUUUGAUGCCCACAGCGCGAGCUUGGACCACAUCCACGCUGCGAACCUGUGGAACAAACUGGGCAAGCAGCGCAUCGAGCGGCGGCACGAGGGGCGGCUUGAGCAGCUGGUGCAGCGCACGCUCGACCUCGUCUCCUCGUGCGAUGCGCGAGCACUGGCGAACGUCGCUCACGGUGUGGCAAAGAGCGGCCUGCAAGCGAGGGUGGUGCACCCGUUGGUCGUAGCGGCGGCGGAGGCGGCGGCCGCCGCCGAACUCGCGGCGUACUUUUCCCCGCUGCGGAGGCACGGCGAGGUCGAGGUGAUGCACGUCGCCAAGCGCGGAGGGCGCGUCGGCCAGCUCAAGGACGGCAAGAAGAUUGGCCUGCUCACCGCCCACCCCGAGCGCGCUGCCCUGCUCGCCCGCGAGGCGCAGGACGAGCAGGGCUGGCCGGUGUGA